AUGGUGUCGUUUUGGCCGUUCAAGAGCGACGACUCCUCGCCAGCGUCCUUCGAAAAGGCGCUCUCGGCCCUCUCGAAAAAGAUUACAACCACCCAGACUCGCCUGGAAUGGACUCGCCUGCGGUCUCGCAAGAUCAAGGUGCUGGGAACCCUCUACACCUCCUUCGCCUACCUUGUCAGCGUCAUUGUCCUUCUCCUGGUUGUGGGAUAUCCCAAUCUAGGGCCCUGGGAAUGGACCGGCAUGGCUGGCGGGCCUGUCUUCAUCUACACAACGCGCGUCGUCAUCACCAGCUACUACAACUUCCGCAUCGAAAGCCUCGAGGCCAAGCUCAAGGCGCUGCAAGAAGAGCGCGGCAAGACGAUUCAAAAGCUCAAGGAUGCGACAAAGUACGACUCCACCAUGGAGCUGAUUGAGAAAUACGGCGGCCCCGACGGCAGACCACGAAGCAGGCAGCAGGAGGGCCCCGAGGAGCCAUCUGAUGCGAAGAAGACGCAGCAGGGGCCUUGGACCAUGCCGGAACGCAUUCACAUCUCCCCUCCCCCGACUGCCAACAUCCCCCGACGAGAAUUCUCGCCCGCCUCGCUUGCUCCCAGCAGCCGACCCGUCACGCCCCUCGCCCAGAGCAUCGCCUCUUUCGACACCACAGCCGAAUUCGCGCCCAAUGCCUUUGGCAAUGCCCUUCCUCCUCCUCGCCCCCAGUCGGCGCAGAGCCAGCUGUACAGCAUCCCGCCGCCACCGCCCCCCUCCGAGCCUCAUUGGUACGAUCGCAUCUUCGACGUCCUUCUGGGCGAGGACGAGACCGCGGCCAAGAACCGCAUCGUGCUCAUCUGCCGCGCAUGCCGCGUGGUGAACGGGCAGGCACCCCCGGGCACCAAGAGCCUGGGCGAGCUGGGCAUGUGGAAGUGCAUGGCUUGCGGGACGCCCAACGGCGAAAUGGAUGAAGGAAAGCGCAUCGUAAGAGAAGUCCUCAAAUCACACGAGAAAGACAAGGACGCGAGCUCGAGCAAAGAGCCAACAACGCCGGAGACUGACGAUGGUGACCUUCAAGCCGGGGAAGACGAGGCCGACGGGCCAGCUGCUGCGGUCAGGGCCAGGAGAUCAGCGAGAAGUAACAAGUAA